AUGAUUCAUAAAAGGGAACCUAAUGCACGAUGGGUAAAUCAAUAUAAUGAAGAAUUAUUGAGAGCAUGGAAUGCCAAUAUGGAUAUUCAAUUCGUACUUGAUCCGUAUGCCUGUGCAAAAUAUCUCAUGUCAUAUACAACAAAACCAGAACGAGAAAUGAGUUUAUUACUAGAAGCAACUCAUAAAGAAUGCCGUGAAGGAAGCAUGCCAAAAAAUACGUUUAUUGAUUUAAAACAAACUUAUCGUACUACAGAUGAAAUGAGACCAUUGUUAGAAUCAAUGAACGAAGAACAACAAGAAAUAUUUUAUCAUGUUCGAGAAUGGUGUAUAAAUCGUUUACAUAAUCCUGAUAUUGAACCUCUUCGUUUGUUCAUUACAGGAGGAGCAGGCACAGCUAAAAGUCACCUCUUGAAAUGUCUUCACUACGAAGCAACAAAAAUUUUUUCACGUAAAAAACAUUUAGAACCUGAUGAGAAUAUUGAUGAGAUCCAUACAUUGAUCACAGCCUUUACUCUGAUCAUUUGUCUUGUGAUAAACUAA